CUGCAAGAGCGCCUGCCCGGGAGUGGUUAGAGGAGGCGGGGCUCGGUUCCGUGGGUUGCGUUUGGACCCAAUUCUGGAAAGAAUUGGGGGCAGGCUGAGGAAAGAGGUCGCCUGGUGUUAGAAGCUUCUUACACCUAAGUGAGGAAGCACAGGUCCAGAACAAGCUCUCUUGCCGUGGUUGGAAAGCCAUACUGGUUGGGGUUCUGCGUGCCACCAGGCCUGGUUCGCUAUGGGGGAGGUGGAGAUUUCCGCCCGGGCCUACGGGAAAAUGUGUCUGCACGCAUCUCGGUACCCAUACGCUGCUGUGAACGGAUUGUUGCUGGCUCCCGCGCCGCGGUCGCGGUCGGGAGAAUGCCUCUGCCUCACCGACUGCGUGCCCCUCUUCCACAGCCAUCUGGCCCUGUCGGUCAUGCUGGAGGUCGCGCUCAAUCAGGUGGAUGUGUGGGGCGCACAGGCCGGUCUGGUGGUAGCUGGGUACUACCACGCCAAUGCUGCCUUAGACGACCAGAGCCCUGGGCUUCUGGCCUUGAAAAUCGCCGGGCGAAUUGCAGAAUUCUUCCCUGAUGCGGUGCUUAUUAUGCUGGAUAAUAAGAAAUUGGUGACUCGGCCUCGUGUACCUCCAGUCAUUGUCCUGGAGAACCAGGGUCUUCGAUGGGUGCCUAAGGACAAGAACUUAGUGAUGUGGAGAGACUGGGAAGAGUCCAGACAGAUGGUGGGAGCACUGCUGGAAAGCCAGGCCCACCAUCACCUUGUAGACUUUGACUGCCAUCUUGAUGACAUUCGGCAGGACUGGACCAACCAGCGGCUUAACACUCAAAUCACCCAGUGGGGUGGUCCCACCAGUGGGAAUGCCUGAACCAGAGGGUCAGAGUACAAUAAAGAGAUGGGCUAUCGGGCAA